AUGACCGGCGAAACACAAGCACGAGACGCAUACUACCCGCUCGGGAUCACAUUCGUCGUUCUCAACACGAUAGCAUGUGGACUUCGACUAUGGGUUCGAAUCUUGAAGAGAGCUCUCGGCUACGAUGACUUGGCCUUGGGCAUCUCGUUUAUCGGGUUCGUUGUAUUCGUGGCCAUGGAAUUGGUCGCCAUCCAGAACGGCAUUGGCCUCGAUCCCCUAGCUCUUGAGCCCCAUCAGGAUCCGAUCACGGCAGCGAAGAAAUCGAUGCUAAAGGAAUCAUCAGUUCUUCACGAUAGCGAAACUGCCGUGGGACCAUCGGCACCCGCAUAG